UAUAUAACGGUGUGUUUGCCUGACUCUCGCUAUAACUGUCUUACUCGCCUCUGUCGAUUAUAAGCCUCAAGACGAGAGGAAAUCAUCAGGAAAAAUGACUGGAGGACACACCUUCAUCUGUCUUCUACCUUUACUGAUUGGGUAUUCAUCUCAGUCCUGUCAGAAGGACUGUUCCAAAGAAAACCAGGAUGUUUAUGGCAUGGACGUGACACAGAUCCCAGUAAGUCUGAAAGCAGGUGUCACAGAGGUCUUCUUUGUGGACAGUAACAUCACUGUCAUCCCAAAGGGGGCCUUCGCCACUAACCCGAAGCUGGAAAAGGUAGCAUUCAUCAACACCCCCACUGUGUCCGUAGAGAACGGUGCUUUCGAGGGAUUGGUCAACCUCAAGCAUAUUGAGAUCUCCAAUACCCCACUAACAUCCUUGUCUGUAGAUGUCUUCCAAGACCUGCACAACCUGGAAGAACUUCUGCUGAAACACAACAAUAUCCGUAGUCUGGAGAAAGGAUUGUUUGAUGGCCUUAAGAAACUGAGAGAACUCCAAUUGCACAUCAACAAGAUUGACACCAUUGAGGAGGGGACAUUUGAUGACCUAGAAAACCUUCGGGCCCUCCAUCUGGCCAAAAACGACCUCAGUUCUGUGUCCUCUGCCCUGUUCUCGAAGCUGCACAAACUGGAGGUACUGAGGCUCUAUGAGAACCAACUUACCGCCAUUCCUGAUGAUAUAUUAGAAAAUCUAUCCAAUUUAAAGGAGAUCGCUCUACAGAGUAACAAUAUCACUUCAAUAUCAGCCAAUUUUUUCCCACAUAAAGACAAAUUAAACAAGAUACUUUUGGACAAUAACAUGUUGACUGAAUUGCCUCCAGAAAUAUUUGUGGGCUUUCCUCUGCUUAAAGCAUUGACACUAAAUGGAAAUAAACUUGCAAGUCUACCUCCUGUCCUCUUUGGAGCGAUGCCCAAGCUGACUGAUUUGAGUCUCAGUCGAAACAGUCUUACCAGCCUUCCUCAGGGAGUAUUUAGUCCUCUUAAGAAACUCAAGAAGUUGGAUCUGUCUAACAACCAAUUGUUAACCGUGUCUGAAGAGUCUUUUGAGGGCCUUGAGAAGCUAACAGAACUCAAUCUUCAAUACAACCACAUCAAAUCAUUGAAAGCAAACACCUUUGAAAAGCUGACAUCACUAACCACCCUUAGACUGGCUCAUAAUAUCCUGGGGACACUUCCAGAGGAUGUAUUUGACCCCUUACCAAAACUCAGCAAAGUCUAUUUAAACAACAACACUUGGCAUUGUGACUGCAGGAUGGUCCCCCUCUUCAAUUGGAUGAAGGCAAACCCUGGCAAGAUCAAGUCUAUGACUCCUGAGAUCUGUAACCAGCCAGUGGAUUUAAAGGGACAAGAAAUCAUGUCUCUCAAAGAGGACCAGCUCAUAUGUCCUGUAUCUCCUCUGACCACCAUCCCUUCACUCACCACAACCACCACCUUAGCCCCUACCACAACCACCACCUUAGCCCCUACCACAACCACCACUUUAGCCCCUACCACAACCACCACCUUAGCCCCUACCACAACCACCACCUUAGCCCCUACUACAACCACCACCAUAGCCCCUACCACAACCACAACCUUAGUCCCUACCACAACCACCGCCAUAGCCCAUACCACAACCACAACCUUAGCCCCUACCACAACCACCACCUUAGCCCCUACCACAACCACCACCUUAGCCCCUACCACAACCACCACCUUAGCCCCUACCACAACCACCACCUUAGCCCCUACCACAACCACCACCUUAGCCCCUACCGCCUGGAGCAAGACCUCGCAUUGCAGGGCCCAGAUGAUAUCCUACACAGCCAUGCUGGUGGUGGAGAUAGGCUGCACCCUGGUGCUGGCUAAGUUCACCCUGUCUCUGUACAGCUUGCUCCAGCGCAGGGAGAGGCUGUACACACGGGUCAACCUGACUCACUUUUCCUACAGGAAGGAGAUCACGCUGAGGCCAGUCAAGGUGACAGAGACUGUGGGUCUGUGA